AUGGAAGGGAAAGAGGACGAAGAAGCGAAGAGGAGGAUGGUGAUGAUGAAGAUCAAACUUAAGGAGACAGCUCAAGAGAUAAGCCAAGAAGACAUCAAAAGACAAGAAGCUUACAACAUGUCUCCACGUGCACGUCGUAGUGGCGGUGGUGGUGGCGUUGGUGGUGGCUCGGUAGUUAUGGGCAAGUCAUCGAGCGUGAGGCAAAACUGUUUAUGCGCACCGACCACACACGCUGGCUCCUUCAGGUGCCGUUACCAUCGCCGUAACGCCGGACUCGGAAUGUCACGUGGCAUUUCUGUUCCCUCUAACCUUUCCAUGUUGGCUGGACCUGCCUCUCCUAAAUGA